ACUCAUCUUAAAUGAUAUAGAAAGACUUUUAGUACCAUCGCCAUGGAGAUAAUUCCAGAAACUAUCACCAGUGCACUAGAGAAGAGUCGGGAACGAACGUUCUUACUCAAGUUAGAGACUGACCUCAUCAAGUUCAUCAGCAGCUUAUCUACCAAUACCAACAGGGAGUACAUUAUUGGACCGCAUAUCCUUAUCAACUCAUAUUUCCGGCUCUUGGGUCAUCAGCUUUGCAAUUACUACAGCUUACUGCACUGGAAUCUUGCCAACUGCAGCAUCAGUGUGGGCCCUACGGAGGAUGUCGAUUAUGGUGUCAUUUCUAGUGAUAUCUCCUUGGGAAAGAAGAAGACGCUAAAGGUGUAUUUAAAUCCCAGCCUGCCUCCUAAGGUGGCAGAUACCAAUUCCAAUCCUGAUAUAAAGCAAGUUGCAAGGAUACUAAAGCCCAGGCGGAUCAUGAAAUCAGAAGGAACGGAAUCUAGUUCUAGCAUAACCACCUCUUCUCUCGGAAGUGCAACUCCAACUUCUUUGCAAGAGGAUAGUGGAAAACUCCACGAUGAUAGAGAAACAAGGGAGGCGCUAUAUUUGAAGAUACGACAGGAGAUCUUCCAGAAGGACAACGAAGAGGAUGACGACUCGGACUCGGGGUCUGAUGGUGAGUUUGAAGGUACGGAAAGUGACUACAGCUCCAACACUAGUUUCGACAAGCUCCACCGAAGUGUGUACGAUCAAAGGUAUCCGCCUGAAACGCCGUUGGAAAGUCCCAUCACUAUGAGCCAGUAUUCAGCACCUCAGAUGAUGUCUCCAGCAAGCUAUUGUCCAAUAAUACCGGGAGGGAGCUAUCAGACAAAUUAUCAGACAAACUACGGCCAUUAUUCCAACGCUCCAGCAUACUUCAUUCCCAUGCCGGUGUAUGGAAACUACGGGGUGCAAUACGAUAAAGAAACCGAGAGGAAACUCUUGAACAAUCCGUAUAUCAUCAUCCCCGAUACCAAUCACAACCGGCGCAAACCAAAGAGACACUCGUCUAAUUACCAUGGGUCCAAUGACGCACAGAGUAAACAGAAAGACAAAUGAAGUUGAGGCAGAGUAUAGAAAUAAACAUGUUUCUGCAGCAGGGUAUCGUAUUUAACUAGUGGAGCAAGAGCUGAUUGUCUAAGUGGCUGUUGAUUAUAGUUUGUGGUGUAAAUGGUUGCAAUUUCGUCUAGCAAAAGUCGCGCGGCGGUGUGAAUGCGAUCUCGAACUUAAUUAACUAGUUACGUCUUCAUCUUCUCACGAUGUCCAAUCCACAAGAAGACGACUUAGUGCCCGAAUCCAUCGAAGGUUACGUUGUCGGCGAAAAAAAGACCAUUGAGGAAUACACAAACCUUGAUGCUGAAGAUGAAAGUUUGGCUAAAUGGAAAGCUUCCUUGGGAUUAACUGCUGAUGGUAACGCGUACCCUGUAAAGGCUGGUGACAAAAGAAAAGUGGUGAUCGUCCAGAUGUCUUUGACGUUCCCAGACGAACCGGAGUUGAAGCCCAUCGUGAUAGAUUUGGAAGAUUCCCAAGGAAACACGUUGAACAAGGAGAUAAAGUUCAGUAUCAAGGAGAAAUCCGUCUAUCAAUUGAACAUCCAAUUUCGAGUCCAACACGAAAUAAUCACUGGGUUGAAGUACUUGCACUCGGUGAAGAAGGCCGGGAUCCGGGUCGACAAGUUGGAAGAGCCAUUGGGGUCUUACGCGCCAAACACCACCGAUAAGCCUUAUUAUGAGCGUAGUUUCCCGGAGGUGGAAGCUCCUUCAGGAAUGUUGGCCAGGGGAAGUUACUCAGCCACCACAAAGUUUGUGGAUGAUGACAAGACCACACACUUGAGCUUUCCUUGGUCUUUUCAGAUCACUAAGUAGGUUCAUAAAAUAAAGGAUUUAGUUAACAUCUCAUUGAUCAAAGUC